AUGUGCAUUCCAUUUAACUAAGGUCCUCCUAUGAUUCGUUUAAAUCCAAAAGGCGAAAACCUUAAAACCACUAUGACUGUGAUUGUCAUCAUUCACAUCAUUCUAGCUACUCUUAAAAUGUUUAUUCUUAACCCAUUCGCUUCUGUUGGAGAUAUUAUUUCAUGCAUGGUUUUAUGGUGCGGAGUAUAGCAACAUAACUUCUGCAAUGUUCUUAUGUAUAUGAUCUUUUGUCUUUUCGACUCAUUUUAACUAGCAACUACGAUUGCAUUCUUGAUUUAGACUGGUGCCUUUGGACCCAACAGCCCGACAGCAAGUUCUUCGUAAGUCUAAGGAAGAUCUAGUGGGUUAAACAUGGGCUUUAUCUAUGGGUUCACUAUUGUUAUGUUUAUUUUCUAUGUUAUUGCAGUUUAUUGCAGCUUUCAAACUUACAAAGAAUUCAAAGCUAUUUAUCAAGAGUAAUUGGGAGAUAUGGAAGUUGGUAGAAUAAUGGGCACUAAUCCGAUUAAUUAUGGAGCAUUACCAUAUGGAAAUAGGCAAGGCCAAACAACUACUGCACUGUAAUAAAAUUAAGGAGUUGAAUAAUCAAAUGGAGGGACAGGUCAAAAUUAUAGAGCAUUUUAAGGAUAAGGAAAAAGAUUAGCAGACUAUUGA